AUGACGCUCUACUACAGCCUUGUCUUCCUCCUCCUGGUAACGGAGAUGCUCAUCUUCCUCGCCCUCAUCGUCCCUCUACCGUUCACAUGGCGCCGCAAGCUCUUCACCUUCAUCUCCGAGAGCCCCAUAAUCGCGAAGCUACAAUAUGGCAUGAAGAUCACCUUCAUCUUCAUCCUUAUUCUCUUCAUCGACAGCGUGAACCGUGUCUACCGCGUCCAGGUUGAGCUGGCAGCCUUCAACAAGAGCGAUGGCCGUGGCGGACCUGUUGCCAUGGGCGGUUCCGAGCGCAUGGAGGUUCAGGCACGCAAAUUCUACUCUCAGCGCAACAUGUACCUUUGCGGCUUCACCCUGUUCCUGUCCCUCAUCCUCAACCGAACCUACGUCAUGAUCCUCGAUGUGCUCCGUCUCGAAGAGGAGGUCAAGACUCUCAAGGGUGACCCCGCUGCUAAGAGCGGAAAGUCUCUCCAGAACGCUGGCAACGUUGGCGAGGUCGGUGCUCUCAAGGACGAGCUUGCCAAGAAGGACCGCGACAUGGAGAACCUGAAGAAGCAGGUCGAGAGCAUGCAGAACGAGUACAACCGCAUGGGUGAUCAAGUUUCUGGAUCCAGCGCUGCCCCCCGCAAGGGUCAGUAG